CUCGACAGCUCUUGUUCCUUUGGGGAUUUUUUUAACUCUAGCUUACAGCAAGUGGAAGGAACUCUUGAAGUCGUCCCGAGGAGGAGGAAGAGAGGUCACCGACUUAGCGUGCGUGCGAGAUGGCGGGCAGCAUGGCUCCGCGGGGAGUGACCAAGGAGAGGGCGGCGGAGUACAAGGGCCAGAUGACGUUCGCUGUCGCCAUGGCGUGCAUCGUCGCCGCUAUCGGGGGCUCCAUCUUUGGCUAUGACAUCGGGAUCUCCGGAGUGAACACCAUGGACCCUUUCCUCGAGAAGUUCUUUCCGGUGGUGUUCCGGCGAAAGAACUCCCCAACCAGGAACAACUACUGCAAGUACGAUAACCAGGCCCUCUCCGCCUUCACAUCCUCGCUCUACCUCGCCGGCCAAGUCUCUACCCUCGCCGCCGCGCCGGUGACAAGGAACUACGGCCGCCGCGCCAGCAUCAUCUGCGGCGGCAUCAGCUUCCUCAUUGGCGCCGCCCUCAACGCCGCGGCCGGGAGCCUCACGAUUCUUAUCAUCGGCCGCAUCAUGCUUGGCGUCGGCAUCGGUUUCGGCAAUCAGGCUGUGCCGCUGUACCUGUCAGAGAUGGCGCCGGCGCACCUUCGGGGCGGGCUGAACAUGAUGUUCCAGCUCGCGACCACGCUCGGCAUCUUCACGGCCAACAUGAUCAACUUCGGCACGCAGAAGAUCAAGCCGUGGGGGUGGCGCCUCUCGCUGGGCCUCGCGGCGGCGCCGGCGCUGCUGAUGACCAUCGGUGGGAUCCUCCUCCCGGAGACGCCCAACAGCCUCAUCGAGCGCGGGCACGUCGAGGAGGGCCGGCGAGUGCUGGAGCUCAUCCGCGGCACCGCAGAAGUCGACGCCGAGUUCACGGACAUGACGGAGGCCAGCGAGCUCGCCAAAACCAUCAAGCACCCGUUCCGGAGCAUCCUGGAGCGGCGUAACCGGCCGCAGCUCGUGAUGGCGGUGUGCAUGCCGGCGUUCCAGAUCCUGACGGGGAUCAACUCCAUACUGUUCUACGCUCCGGUGCUGUUCCAGAGCAUGGGGUUCGGCGCCAGCGCGGCGCUCUACUCCUCCAUGCUCACGGGCGCCGUGCUCCUGUUCUCCACGCUCAUAUCCAUCGCCACCGUGGACCGGCUGGGCAGGAGGAAGCUCCUCAUCAGCGGCGGAAUCCAGAUGAUCGUGUGCCAGGUGAUCGUGGCGGCGAUACUGGCUGUGAAGUUCAGCGCGGACAAGCAGCUGUCGCGGAGCUGCUCGAUCGCGGUGGUGAUGGUGAUCUGCCUCUUCAUGCUCGCGUUCGGAUGGUCGUGGGGGCCGCUGGGGUGGACGGUGCCGAGCGAGAUCUUCGCGCUGGAGACGCGGUCGGCGGGGCAGAGCAUCACGGUGGCCGUGAACCUCUUCUUCACCUUCGUGAUCGCGCAGGCGUUCCUGUCGCUGCUGUGCGCGUUCAAGUUCGCCAUCUUCAUCUUCUUCGCGUGCUGGAUCGCCGUCAUGACGGCCUUCGUCCAUGUGUUCCUGCCGGAGACGAAGGGCGUGCCGAUUGAGGAGAUGGUGCUGCUCUGGAGCAAGCACAGGUUCUGGAAGAAUGUCAUGCCGGACAUCAUGCCGCUCGAGGACGGAUGGGGACCCGGCGUUGGGGAUAGCGCCCCUGCUUAUGAGAGCAACAUUCACAAGUGAAGAUCAUAUAGCAACGAGAUAUGCGCACGCCCCUUCUCUAGAUUAGGGUUGCAGAGCCGACA